AUGGGUCGUGUCGCAAGUGAUGACCUAGAUGCGGGCGAGCCACACUGCUAUCCACCAGUUGAGCCUCUUCCAGAUUUCGAUUGGAAGACGAAAGAGCCGGUUAAGAUUCGGCCAUUCAAGCCGAAAUACCAUCUUACUAUGAGCAUCCAGGAAGGGACAGUCAGCGAGCUUAUCGAGAUAGACAAGAACUAUCUCGAUCGUAUAAACCUACGCAAGAGAAUCAUGACAGAGCAUCCUGAGACAGUACUGGCCGCGGAGGGUUGUGUCAAGCCAGCAGUCGACGAAUUUUACACCUGGCUGGUGGGAACAUAUCUCCCAACACGAUACCCUCGUAUGUUUCAGUUGCGGUCAUCCGUAGGGGAGAAGCCAAAUUUCUUGCACAGCCUGGUCACAGACGAGACAUUUCCUUUAUCCCCUGAAGAGAACCCCUUGGAUACCUUGCGGGUCAUGGGCGGCCUAAUUGAGGAUGACCUUCUUUUUCUAGUGCCAUCCAAUGAUGGAGAUGGCUUUACCCUCAGAGGUUUUGUGACAUGCUUCCCCAAUGGCUUCAACACUUCGAAGAAGUUGGGCCUUAAACUCCGGGAUAUCCAUAAGCCUGUUCCACAGUACAAAGAAAAACUGGAGAAGAGCAUGGAUCGCUUUUUUUUAAAGCUUGGAGUAGGCAGGUUUAUCAAACGCGCCAAUGUGAGUUGA